AUGCAGCCGAAGCGCCGCAGACUCGUGGCCCCGGUUCGCUACAAUCGCCUGGCCGCCCCGGAUACCGAUUUUGACACUUGCUUCCGUUGGCAAAGGUUCUCAAUCAGGCUUGUCGACAGUAAGAUGUCUUGCGCUGUUUCACCUGCUAUUUCCGAACUUGAGUCGCUGAUUAGAGCAAUAGGAACGGAUUCUCGGGAGUGGGGACUUUCUGAGUCGGCGAAAAUUCGCGCUGCCCAUACUCUUGAGACAACGCCAGAGAAUGAGCAGUUGCUCCGGACUCAUCAUCCGGCAUUGGGAUUGCAUGAUGAAGUCUAUGUAUCCCAUCCCCAGUAUGGCCCUGAGGUGUGGGUUGUGCAUGGUCCGUGUACGGACACUAAAGCGGGAGGGCGAGCAGUGCACCCGUUUCCUGAGGAUAGAAAGGACCUCUACCCAUGGGGACGAGUGUUAACUCCACGGUCGCCUUUGAAGGAGGAAUACCUCUUCAAAGAAGGUAUCAAUCCCCGAAAGCUCCUAUCGCCUGAACAGCUCGAAGGCCUUCGCGAGCUUUUCCCAGCCGCUAUAGGGGCUCGAGUACUUGUGGCAGGCUUCCUGGUCAUGCUAUUCAGAUCGCCUUCGGAUAUUCGAGAUAUCUACGAAACAGACUGGAUCAUGGAAGUUGGCGGUUUACGGACUAUCUAUGAUGUACCGAGAGUGAAGGUUAGUGCCGACACUGUUAUAUCUGGUAUGGAAGUCUCCGAAACCCCCGAUAGUCUCAAUGGCUCUGGCUGCUUGGGUCUGAGACUCCGGAUGCCCGACGGCAAAGAGGCUAUAGCGACUGUGACCCAUGGCUUUGUAAGGAACCCUCGGCCGUCUCGUGUGGUCUCGAUGUUCUCCGACUGGAUCUUGUGGACUAGAAGCGCCCUUCGACGAUUCCUCCGUCAACCGCCUCUAUCCGAUACUUGUGCACUUAGAGUGGUACGGAAUUCCCAGACUAACUCUCCGAUUGGCAAAGAAGUUUGGUUAGCAACAGAGAAGAAGCGGAUCGGCACAAUCUCCCACACCUUUGAUAAUCCUAGUCCCGCCCUUCCAUACCCCGCUGGCUAUAGGCAUGACCUUAGCCUGAUCACAGAUGAUAACCUGCCUGCACUUGUCAGCCCACCUGGCUAUCCAGCCGUGUCGGAAUGGGCGUCCUACUCUACUGCACUCGCCGGCUCCGAUGUCUACGCAGUCCGGAUGAACACCGUCGUCGGAAGGUGGCUUCUCCUUCAGGGCACCAGAGAUCCAAAUGCUAUUCGGAACGCAACAGUCAUAGGUACAGAAUACCUAUGGGAUCGGACGGCUCGAUCUCAAACUGCGUCCCUAUUAUGGACAACAACCGAACCAUUUACCCCUGCGAUUGGAUGGUCCGGGUCCGUGCUUUGCCUUGGAAGGCCAACGGACCAGUCGAGCAAGGCCAUUGUUUUUCAGAACUUCGAAGCGCAGUGCUAUUCUUUUAUCGAUCCCAUGACCGGCAAAUCGAAAGACAUGAUUGUUAAAGCUGGCUUUUUGCUCCCGGAAUCAGUACGGUCAUCCACAAUUGUCAGCAGCAAGGAUCAACACCGCCAAAGGGACUCCAACACCUACCCUCGUCACAGCAGAGAACGCGGGGAAUCAGAUCGUCGAGUAUUUUCAGCCGUGUAG